GACAAUCUCUUGUGCAAAUAAGUUCUGAUAAAAUUAUACAUAAACCUGAGUGUGUUAGAAAGUUCUUACUUCAGAAUAUAUUUGUAAAAUUUUGAGAGGAGCAGCUUAAAGGUUGUCUAAAACAGGAAAGCUAUUUUGUAUGACUAUAGGUAACCUUCCAGGUGAGCAGGAUUUUGCAUAAAUUAUGGAAUUGUUGUUUGAUGUCUAAUGAAUUCCCAACUUGUUUCUUUUCUAUAUGAGAUUGCUCCAUUAAGCUAGAUGUACCAAAAGAUAACACCUAGAAGUUAAUUUAGACAUAUUAUAGACUAGAACCAUUUCAUUAAAUUGAUCGAAUUCGUUGUAUAAAAAGAUUUUAAUCAAUUAUGCUAAUAUAAAAAUAAAUAGGUCCAAAAAUGGUUUUUGUUUCAUAAUUAGGUUGCUCCCCUCACUACGCAAGAUUAAUCAAGGAAAUGA